AUGGCCGCUGUCGCUCUCUCGCUCGCGGAUGUUCUCGAUGAUGCGGCAGAGAACGUGCCACAGACUGACGCUGCGUGGGACGAACUUCUCUAUCUUCUUGAAGUUGUCGCAGAAGAUGAGAGAGAGCGGAAGGGCGCCGCGGCGCAGGCGAGCACGGACGCAACUGACCCUGAUACUCACACUUUGAAUAUGUUCCUAAAAGUACGAGAAGUGGCGUCAAGAGAAGUAUUGUUGGAAAUUAUCGUUGGAGAGGUCAAGAGGCGGGCGGAACGGUUAGAAGAGUUGGAAGAGCAGGAAGAUGUGGCACGUCCGUUGACAAAAGAAGGACCUGAAGGGUGGGAAGAGGAGCUCGGAGAGCGGGAGGAGCAAGAAACGGUGCCAUUUGAAUCAACAGAAGCGGUCGAAGCAACACUUGAACGGAAAGAGGGGCGGGCGCGUGCAUGGCUGGCGAAAAUGGAAGAACUUAUCGGGCAGAGGAACCACGACUUGCACGCCGAGCUGAGAAAAACCGAGCUGGAAGCGGUCCGCAAUGUUGCUCCGCGUACGAAAGCCGAGGAAGUCGCGCGGGACCGGGUGGUGGACAUACUCACGACGGAGAGAGACCGUGUCAAACAGCGACGGGACGAGGCAAAAGCUGAAGAACGCAUAUUGACAGACCUGCGCGUACUCAAGAACCACGUGGCGCACACGCAAGCAGACAUAGCCACCUGGGUAGGAGCGGUUGAGAAGUUCCGGGAAAUGCAACAACAGCAGUUUGAGCAGUCAAAGGACUUAAUGAAGACGAUGGCGCAUUCGCAGAAGUGGAUCGACUGGCACCAGACGCUUCGGAGCUUGAGCGACGACGAGACGGACACCGUGACCGACGCUCUCGCGCAAUAUCUCGACCACGGGUUCGCAGGUAAGGUCAUCAAAGACAACCACGCGAAGGCUUGUCGCAUCGCCUCCCGAGAGUACACCGGCCACUAUGGCACCCAAGCGGCAGUACGAUACGUGUUUUGGGCGGACGCUUCGGUGAAUAGAGCAGGCGCGGCUGGUGCUGCCGUCGCGUACAAGCACAACAUGGCCUCAACCGGAACGCCAUGGGUCACAAAGACUAUGACCUGUGAGCGGGGAACCACGUCGACGCACGCCGAAGUCUGGGCCAUUAUCGACGCAUUAGAGACCGCAAAGAGGCGAAUUUCCGACAAUGCGAACAGCUCGACCGAAAGCGUGGCAGGGAAAGUGGUGGUUAUUUACUCGGAUUGCACGACGGCGCUCGACCUUAUCAAGACGUGGCCACUUGGACCCAUCGUCCCAAUAUGGCCCAUGAUCAAGAACAUUGCAGCCUCCACGUACGCGAUUGAACAGUUUGGGUACAAGAUCGAACUAUGCUGGGUCCCGAGUCAUAAGGGCCUUUUUGGCAACGAAUUGGCGGAUUUGGCGGCAAAUGAGGCGAGAGAGGAGGCGUGGAGGGCACAGAGGGUGAUUGGCCCCCACCCUUGACGUGGGAGCGAGAUGGGGUGGUUGUAAGGGGCAGAGGGUCGAAAUGGGGAAAUAGAUUGUAAUUGUAUAUAAUUGUAUAAAUGUAACAAUAUGAGUACCAG